UGGGAACUUUGAGGCAGGAGGCUGCCAGCCACAGGGUCCUUGGCUUCCUUCCUUCCUGAGAGACGGAGUUGGACAGAUAACGCUUUAGCAGAAGAAGCGUUUUGCAAUUACCUUGCGCACAGAAACAGAGAGAGAGAGGCACAGAGAGGAACAGGAAUUAACGGCAGCGCUUUGGGCUGGGAGAGUGAGAUAUAUGUAAUGCUCGACCGCUGAUCCAACCCAUGGCCACCCUGAAGGAGCCCCGAAGGAGCUUCCUGGGAGGAGCCAUCCUCUUUCUUCUGAUGCCUGGAGCCCUGUCCUUGCCCUGCAGCCGCAUUGAGCUUGAUGCUCCUGUCGUGCGCUGGGGAGGCAGAGUCUCAGCCUCCUGCACUGUCUGGACCCGCCACUGCCACUUCCCAGAGGAAGAGGCCAUCCAGGUGAUGUGGAGGUGGAACCAGGAGCUCCUUGCUGGGCACCAGCAGAGCCUGGGCAACGGGGUGGAAAUCUCCAACAUCACCAUCGGGCCCCUCAACCGGACGGUGACCACAGUCAGCUGCUUGGUGAAGAGGAAAGUGGGGGAGCCCCAGUUUAUCAACCUCACCCGGGUCUAUGCUGGAUAUCCUCCAUCGGAGCCCCAGAACCUGACCUGCAUCAUGAACGUGACCACGAAGAACCUGACCUGCAACUGGGACCCAGGGCAAGACAGCCACCUUCCGGACAAGAUCGCUCUCCAUGGUAUCCAGACCGACAAGAACUGUACAAUGCACCGGGCUCCCAUUUCUCCUUGUGUGCCUCCGUCCGGCCAGAGCUCCUGCACCAUUCCUCGCCAUGAUUUCCAACUCUACCAGUUUGUGAGGCUCUGGGUCUCAGUGGAGAAUGCCUUAGGAGCCGUGGCAUCGAGGCCCCUCUGUGCCGACCCCAUGGAUUUAGUCAAGCUGGAUCCUCCUGCCCUCCAGGCCCUGCAUUCUUACCCCGAGGAGACCGACUGCGUGGCAGUGUCCUGGGAGGGAGCCGAGGGCAGCGGGCGGUACAUGCACCAGGAUUGCCAGCUCCGCUUCCGGACGAAUCGGGACCAGGAGUGGACCCUGGUUGAGGUCCCCAAUGUCGCCCCUCUUACAUGGAAAACUCAACAUUGCGGCUUCCAUUAUGGCACCCAUUACCAAGCCCAGAUGCGUUGCAGAAGGUUCCCAGUUGGCUACUGGAGUGAAUGGAGCCCUCCAAAGAACUUCACUACCCAUGAAAAAGAGCCUUCAGGAAACCUUGUGACCUGGUGGAAGAUGAAGUCCAAAAGGACAGAGAAGGGGACAGAAGUGCUGUUGAUGUGGAAGCCAAUGAGAACAGAAGAGACCCAUGGUAAAAUCCUGGGCUACCUGGUGACUUCUGGGAGGUCCCUGACCCUCUGCAACACCACUGCCUUGCAUUGUGCCCUCUCCUUGCCGCCUGGGACCCAGCGGGUCCUCCUCAGUGCCUACAACUCCAAGGGAGCCUCUCCGCCCACCGAAGUCCUCCUGAUUGACAAGAAAGGUCAGCCAGUGCCCCAAAUCCAAGCCCUUCCUUGGGAUGAGAAGAGCAUCCAGGUUUCCUGGGAUCCUCCAGGAACAUCAUCACCCGUGGCUUACAACCUGGAGUGGCACAAGGUGACCUCAGAGGAUUUGCCAGAGAAUGGGAUGCAAUGGAUGCGGCUGGAAAACGGAAGCACCAGGCAAGGCUUGGUCCAAGAAGAUAUCCAGCCUUUCCAACGCUACAACAUCUCGGUCUAUCCACUAUACAAGGACGGAAGCGGGGUGCCCAAAUACGUGGAAGCUUACACUAUGCAGAAAGCUCCAUCUGAAGGACCCAAACUCCAUACUGGGAACAUCACCAAGUCGACAGCCAGUCUUUACUGGGAGCCCAUCCCGGUUGAAAAGCAGAACGGCUUCAUCACCAGUUACACCAUUUUUUGGAAUGGCACCAAUGAAGACAUGAGCAGUGCCGUUGUGAAUGCCUCAGUGGACACCUUCACCCUCCGGGGCCUCUGGCCUUCCAGGAUGUAUCAGGUGCACAUCAUGGCCUCCAAUGCAGCCGGCAGCACCAACGGGACAACUCUCACCCUCCACACCAAGGCAAUGGAUGACAUGGACAUCUACGUUGUGUACUUGCUGGUGGGUCUGCUCUUGGCCAUGAUUAUUGUCCUCAUCUUCUGCUUCCAGAAAAGCAAACGGAUGAAGACGCAGUUCUGGCCCAGCGUCCCAGACCCGGCCAACAGCAGCCUGGGCAAGUGGGCCCCCACCAUCCUGCAAGAGGAGACCCCUCUUGCGCCCAAGUCUUGUGAAUUGAGCCCGGUCAUCAUCUCAGCCAUCUUUGUGAUCGAAACGGAGGAGAAGAAGUGCCUCUCCUGUGGGAAAAGUGACUCCAUGAAGGCCCUGGAGGACAGCCUCCCCAUUGACGGCAAAGAGCCAUUUACCCAUAAGGUGGCAGAUGCAUCCCUGAUGUCCAGCCUAGCACUGCCUGCUUCCUACAUCAACAGCCCAGAGUCGGUCCAAUAUGCCAAAGUGGUCACGGAGGCCUACCGUCAGCAGGACCAGGCACCACCGCCUGCUUUCUACAUCCGUUCCGACUCCACACAGCCUUUACUCGGCGACCUGACCCCCAGUCCAAAGCCCUAUGAGAACCUCUGGUUCCACGAAAGCUGCAACGGCCGAGAGAGUGGUAUCAGCAGCUGUGGCUUCCAGGAAGAGGCCUUGCUGGAUUUCCCACUCCUGCAGGGCCUCAAGGUUGACGGGAAUGAGGAACUGGGAAACUUCCGGAGGGUCUAGUAGUGGCUCAGGAAUUGGUCUUAUGCCUUGUGAUUGUGUCUCUCCUGCCUUGGAGGAUGUGCAUCCCACUCCACACCACACCAGCUUCUCUUUCUUUCUCUCUCUCUUGAGAGUCCAAGGAGAUUGAACUCACGCCCUUGAUGUUGGAGUGAUGCCUCUUGUUCCCAUUCCAGAUCCGUUAUGAUUUCAUGGAAUCAUCAAGGUUUGGGGAAGGACGAAGCAGCUAUGCCUUGCGAUUGUGCUUCUCCUGUCUCAGAAGAGGACAUGUCCAUCUAAACAUCCAGCAAAAUGCCACACCAGCCAUAGUCUGUCUCUCUUUCUCUCUCUCUCUCUGUCUUGAACAUCCAAGGAAGUUGAACUCACGCCCAUGAUGUUGGAGUGAUGCCUCUUGUUCCCAUUCCAGAUCAGUUAUGAUUUCAUUGAAUCAUCAAGGUUUGGGGAAGGAUGAAGCAGCUAUGCCUUGUGAUUGUACAUCUCCUGUCUUGGAGGAGGACAUGUCCAGAAUUUUUUUUCGUGUCAGGAGCAACCUGAGUCGCUUCUGGUGUGAGAGAAUUGACCGUCUGCAAGUGAAAUGGCAGACAAAGGUUUGAGGAAAUGAGACAAAGAGAGUUCCGGUGGCUGUAGAAAAAAAUGACGUUUAUUCUCAGUGGCCAGAGAGAAUAAGCAAAGACCUUCUCCUGUAGUCAGGAAAGCAAAGGUACUGGAACAAAGGAUCACAGGUUCUUAUAUACCCUUUUUCCCUCCAUCUACUAUGUUAUCUAGGCACUAUCCAUCACCAAUUAGUGUCAAAAAAAGUCUUACUGGGCACUUAACUAAAAAGCUAUCUUUGCGUUUUCCUAAAAUAUAGACUACUUCAAGACCUCUGACCCUCCAUUAGCCUUAUCUCUGGAAUUCUCAUCUCAUCCAUUAGGGCUCCCCCUCGUCCUCCAUUACUUAAGGAAUUUCCCCUUAUCUUAGCUGUCAGAGAGUCAUUAGCACUCCCCUCUUGACAUCUCAAAAAGCCUUAAUUUGCCUUUUGUCCAUUAGCUUAUCUAUUCUUGUUGACACUUAACAUAUGUCCCUGGCACUCAGAGUGAACUUUGGUCUUGCUUUUGCUGAGCAGAGUGUGUUUUUGGGCUAUAGGCACACAAUCUGCUGGUGAUUACACAUUUUCCUAUUUCUAUUUCUUAACAUGAUUACAUUCAAUAUAUAUUUUCCAAUGCAAGUAUUAUAUUUUCCCAAUACACCUUCAUCACAAGGACGAUGCCCAGGGGAUGCCCAGAUGUUUUUUGAUGUUUUUACCAUCCUUGUGGGAGACUUCUCUCAUGUCCCCGCAUGGAGCUGGAGCUGAUAGAGGGAGCUCAUCCGCACUCUCCCCGGGUGGGAUUUGAACCUGGUAGCCUUCAGGUCAGCAACCCAACCUUCAAGUUACAACACUUUAAUCCUCUACGCCACCGGAGGCUCCAGAUAAUAUCCAGCCAAAUGCUGCACCAACCGGCCAUAUUCUCUCUUUCUCUCUCUCUCUCUCUCACGAGACCAAGGAAUUGGAGCACCUUCGAACUUGCCUCCUUGGUGUUUCAGAGAUACCUCUGCUCCCAUUCUAGAUCAGCCAGGAUUUCAUUGAAUCGUGAACUUCAUUGAAUCAUGAACCUCUUAUGCCCUGUGAAUGUGAUACCUCGGAAGAGAAGAUGUCCAACUAAACAUCUAGCCAAAUGUCACACCAGGCAUAGUCUCUUUCUUCUUCUAUGGAGCUCAAGGAGGACAUUCGAACUCACUUCCCUGAUGGGAACAGAAUGAUGCCUUUUGCUCCUAUUCCAGACAAGCCAGGAUUUGCUAAGCCCUUGAUAUUGUCUCACCUUGAGCCACAACUUCUGCUGAACAUGAUGUGGGCCAAUUGCUGCUCCUCUGGCCCUAAAUUACUCCUGGCUCGAAAGCUGCCUCUAGAUCAGGCAUAGGCAAACUUCAGCCCUCCAGGUGUUUUGGACUUCAACUCCCACAAUUCCUAACAGCCGGUAGGCUGUUAGGAAUUGUGGGAGUUGAAGUCCAAAACACCUGGAGGGCUGAAGUUUGCCCAUGCCUGAUCUACAUCUUCUCUUACACAGACUCAUACAUCUUCUCUUACUCUUUCCUUUGCAUCUCCUUUUCUCUCAAAUGUGAAUCAUUUCUGCUGCUUACAAUAAGAAGUAACCUGGACGACGAUUUCGGGGAUUGGUGCUAUGGUUUAUAUGUUUCGCAUGUUUUAAUUUGGAUUUUAUAUGUUUCAUUGGUUUUAAUGGUUAAUUUGUAUGUUGUGUUCGAUCUUUGUAUACUUGUGACAUUGAAUGUUUGCCAAAAUCGGAAGCCGCUCUGAGUCCCCUUUGGGUUGAGAUAGAGCAGGGUAAAAAUAAAGUAAAUAAAUAAAUACAAUGGCCAGAAAACAGGUGCAUUUACAUUGUAGGACGAAUGCCAUUUGAUCCCAUUUGAACUGCCUUAACACGAUUGUAUCCUGGGAGUUGUCGUUUGGUGAGGUAUCAUCGCUCUUGGUCAGAUAAGGGCCUUUAAAACGAUAAAAGUAAAGGUAAAGUCCAGUCAUGUCCGACUCUGGAGGUUGGUGCUCAUCUCCAUUUCUAAGCCAAAGAGCCAGCGUUGUCCGUAGACACCUCCAAGGUCAUGUGGCCAGCAUGACUGCAUGGAGCGCCGUUACCUUCCCGCCGGAGCGGUACCUAUUGAUCUACUCACGUUUGCAUGUUUUCGAACUGCUAGGUUGGCAGAAGCUGGAGCUAACAGCGGUCACUCAGUCCGCUCCCCAGAUUCGAACCUGUGACCUUUUGGUCUGCAAGUUCAGCAGCUCAGCGCUUUAACACACUGCGCCACUAUACCUCCCAGGAUUUCCCUUCACUAUUGCUGCUAUUUAUCUGUACAUAGUAUUGCAAAUUAAAUUUUCUUCUUAAUGUU